GCGCGCGCAAGCAGCCUUCCCCUCUCCCCUUCCCCCCAAGCCCCGGAGCCAGUUCCAGGCUGGAGUCACCGACGCGAAGGGGGACGGGUUCCUCUUAAAAGAGAAACACCGGCGGCGCGCGCGAGGGCCUGGUACUCAUGGCGGCCUCCCCUGCGGACGCGUCCCGCAGGCGGCGGGAGAAGCGGCGGCAGUUGGAUGCGCGCCGCAGCAAGUACCGCAUCCGCCUGGGUGGCCAUAUGGAGCAGUGGUGCCUCCUCAAGGAGCAGCUGGGCUUCUCCUUGCACUCGCAGCUGGCCAAGUUCCUGUUGGAUCGGUACACUUCUUCAGGCUGUGUUCUCUGUGCAGGUCCUGAGCCUGUGGCCCCCAAGGAACUGCAGUAUCUGGUGCUUCUAUCUCACGCUCACAGCCGAGAGUGCAGCCUGGUUCCUGGGCUGCGGGGACCUGGGGGCCAAGAUGGGGGGCUUGUGUGGGAGUGUUCAGCCGGCCACACCUUCUCCUGGAGCCCCUCUUCAGGCCCCAAAUCUCCAGAGGAGCCAAAUCCGACCCCUCUUCCAAGUACUGACGAGAGGAGCUGGUGCCCAGAGGCCAGGAGUGGGCAGGAGCCUGCCGGUUUGGAAUCUAACUGUGAUGAGAGGGCUCAGGAGGCCAGGAUGCCCAGGGGUGCGGGACCCCCACCAGAGACCUUCCCAUCCCUCGGAGAAGAUGGGGAAGAGGAAGAGGAGGAUGAAGAGGAGAUGCUCAGUGAUGCUAGUCCCUGGACCUACAGCUCCUCCCCAGAUGACAGUGAGCCAGAUGUCCCCAAACCACCCCCUUCCCCUGUCACCCAUGCACCUAAGGAUGGGGAGAUACCCCCGGCCCCUGCAGCCAUCCCAGCUCCUCUUGCUUCGCCAUCCUCAUCAGCAUCCUCCUUGGGUUCUGGAGCUCCUAGGCCUGUAGAAGUCAGGAUACAGCCAGAGCUCAGGGGGACCCCUCAAGCAGACCAGCAGACUGAGCCCCUGGCCAGCCCUGGGAGUCAGGCUCAGUCUGCUCUGGCCUCGGCAUGGGAUGAGGACACUGCUCAGAUUGGCCCCAAGAGAAUUAGGAAAGCUGCCAGAAGAGAGCUGCUGCCCUGUGACUUCCCUGGCUGUGGAAGGAUCUUCUCAAACCGGCAGUAUUUGAAUCACCACAAGAAAUACCAGCACAUCCACCAAAAGUCCUUCUCCUGCCCAGAGCCAGCCUGUGGGAAGUCCUUUAACUUUAAGAAACACCUGAAGGAGCAUGUGAAGCUGCACAGUGGAUAUACAGAGCGGUGGUUGGGCAGAAGACUACAGGAUGCCAUGGAAAGGAUGGCUGUCUCCUCUGCUGCAGGAGGUGCAGAAAAACCAUACCAGGCCUACACCCGAGACUACAUUUGUGAGUUCUGCGCCCGGUCUUUCCGCACCAGCAGCAACUUGGUCAUCCACCGGCGCAUCCACACUGGAGAGAAACCCCUACAGUGUGAGAUCUGCGGGUUUACCUGCCGCCAGAAGGCAUCCCUGAAUUGGCACCGGCGCAAGCACGCAGAGACAGUGGCUGCCUUGCGAUUCCCCUGUGAGUUCUGCGGCAAGCGCUUUGAGAAGCCAGACAGUGUUGCAGCUCAUCGCAGCAAAAGCCACCCUGCCUUGCUCUUGGCCCCACAAGAACUAUCUGGUCCACUGGAUUCCUGUUCCAGCAUCUUGGCCUCUGCAUCCCUGGGGGCCAGUGAAGGAUCCAGGUCCUCUCUGGCUCCUCAGGCUCCCAUGCUGCUCCCUUAGCAGCAAGUAUUCUCCAGAAUUUGGGGGAUCCAGGGACUGGAAAGGAGCAAGAAGGGCCAGAUGCCUGGUGUCCAGGAACUAGGGUGAUGGGGAAUGCAGGGCAGGGGCAAGGCCGGAUUUUAGGGGAACCAGGCUACUUGAGUCUUUCUAAAGGACAGAAUAAACCCAGUAUUUUACAUAGA